CAUCUUUCCCCUUCUCAACUUCCAAACAUUCGUUUCUGUUACAGAACUUCCAUCCAACACAACACAAUCAUCAACAAUCUUCCUUCACCGACCAUCUCUCACAACUUGAACAGAUCCGUUUUAUAAUCGACAAACUUUGACAUUGUAACGACUGGGUAAUCAAUCAUCUUACUUUUUAACCACAAACCCAAACUCGAUUCGAUUCUCUGGCAUCGCCAAUAACGAUACCUCAUACAAACACAAUGUCGGCUCCUGGCCAGAAUAACGUCGACUUCGACGCUCUCCUAGAUCUCACCGAGUACGACGGAUUCCAAUCUCCUGCUUCUCUCUCACCAGCAGGUACAUCAAAGGCUACCUUCACAAGCCCUGUCACUGCUGCCGUUGCUGCUCCCGUCACAACCGCCCAGAGCUUGAGCGGUCCCAGUCACAACUAUGACAUGUACCGACAACAGACAGGCUUUGUCCCUGGAGCUAUCGCCAGCACUAUGGCAGUAAACCAGACCAACAACACUGGUUACCAAGAUUUCCGCAGUCUUGACUACUCAACAUUCAGCCCUGAGGCCGAUCUCUUCGACUUCAACACCUCUCCUUCUCAAGCCACCAUGGGCGCAUCAGAAAUGGACAUGGACUUCGAGUCCCAUACCGAGACACAGCAGUUCUUCACCGUCGACCCUAGCAGUAUCGAACAGGAGGUUGAUGGCCUUCCUUCGCCGCCAGUCUUGCCUACCCAGACCAACAACGUCGGUCGACUCUGGCCCGGUGCUCACUCCCAGGCCGCCCUUGCCAAGGCUCAGGCUCAGCAGCGACAGCAGCAGCAGAUUAUUCAGCAGCAGCAACAGGCUCAACGCCAGGGAUCUCAGCCCAAGUCUCGAGGCAAGGCUCCUCCUCCUUCCGAUCCUCUUGUUGAGCAGAAGAUCACCCAGCUCUUGAACUCGAUGCGAGCCAAGCCCUCAAUGCCUGACAGCCAGGCCACAAGCCCCAUGACCAAUCUCCCCCGAUCCAAGAAGGACGAAGAGGAGAUGGAUGAGGAUGAGCGAUUACUCGCUAGCGAGGAGGGCAAGAAGCUCAGCAGUAAGGAGCGACGACAGCUGCGAAACAAGGUUUCUGCCCGUGCCUUCCGUUCGCGCAGAAAGGAAUACAUCACUCAACUCGAGACUGAGAUCGCCAACAAGGUCAGCGAGAACGGUGAUCUCCGAACUCAGAACCGAGCCCUUCUGGACGAGAACAAGCGCCUGACAGAUCUUACCCGCAUGCUUCUCUCCUCACCUUCAUUCUCCAACUUCUUGGACAACCUUAGCAGCAACCCAGCCGCCGCUCAGCAGACUCCUCAGCUCAAGGUCGAGCCUCAGCCUGAACAGCGACAGGUUCCCAAGGACAUCAACCCCUACAACGCCCAGCAAUCCUCUCAACAGCAGAUUGGUAUGGCCAUGAUCCCUGAGCAGAACAUGGACUUCUCCAUGCUCACCCUCGAUGGCUUCAACUUCCAGCCCCAGGUCUUCGUUGUCGACACACCCGAGGUUCCUGAGAUUAUCGACGCUGCUGUUCUCUCCGGCAAGUCAUCAAACUUUGUCGAGCCCAUCUUUGACUCUGAAGAGGAGAAGCUUGAGGUGCCCGCUAUCGAGCGCCCUGUUGCUGCCCCUGAAGUUUCUGAACCUGUUAACGCCGCCCCUAUCGAUGCUGAGUUUGAGUCUGACCCUGAAUUCGCCUUGUUCCACACUGAAGCCGCUACCACCGCCACCGAGUCACCUGAGGAGUUUGACUCUGAAGGUUUGUCGCACGUCGACAUCUUUGGCGGUGUUGAGUCUGAGAAGGUCCUUGCGCGCCUGGAACUCGUCGAUGCUGGUGAACAAGAAUGCACAGCCGCCCUUGCUAUGGCUCGUGUGCAACGUCUCAGCGCCAGCUGUGACGCUGUGACAUCAAGAUUAGAGUUGCUUACCAUGGACCUGUAAGGUUUGGCAUAAUGGUCGACCGGGGAGGGCAAAAGGGCAUACACUAAGCGCUUUUUAUUUCUUGCUUAUUUCUCAUUUGUGAAUAUUGGGAAUCCUACAGCGGAUUAGGAUGGAACUCGGCGUUUGGGGCACAUAGGAUGGACCACCCACGAGAGGUGCUGCUACUGCAUAACAUGCAUGCUUUUCUUUGGUUUAGUUUCAGAACGAAUGAUGACACAGGAAACUUGUGUAGCUAGAUAGAAAGGCUUGUCGCCGCUCGACACCACAAUCCAAUAUUUGAAGGAUACACU